AGUGAAGCAUUUGAUUUGGUCUAAUAAACAGCAGCCGAGUGCAAUCCGAGGAUAUAGCAACACCGAGGAUUACUGUGAGAUAGUGCCCAGUGCUAAAGUGCUAAAGUUGUGAAAGAAUAUAAAACCACAUUACCCAUACGCACCGUUGACCCGUGAUUGCGCAGCCAUGAAAGCCUUCAUCCUAAUGUCCUGCCUGGCGCUGGCCGCCGCUCGUCCUGAAGCGGGCUACGCCUACAACCGUCCUGGUGGCGGCGGUGGUUCCGGCGGUGGCUCCCACGGCGGUGGCGGCGGCAUUGGAGGUGGUCUGGGCGGAGGAUUCGGCGGUGGAUCUAGCGGUGGAUUUGGCGGUGGCUCCAGCGGAGGAUUUGGCGGUGGUUCCAGUGGAGGAUUCGGCGGUGGCUUCGGCGGCGGAAGCGGCGGAGGCGGCGGCUUCGGUGGUGGAAGCGGAGGAGGCAGCGGUUUCGGCGGUGGAUUCGGAGGCAGCUCCGGCGGCGGCGGUGGAUUUGGAGGAGGUGGCAGCAUUGGCGGCUUCGGAGGCGGCGGCGGCGGUGGCACCACCCUGGUGCAGAAGCACAUCUAUGUGCAUGUGCCGCCACCAGAGCAGGAAGAGGUGCGUCAGCGCCCCAAUCUGCCCGUCGGCCAGUCGCAGAAGCACUACAAGAUCAUCUUCAUCAAGGCGCCGUCGCCACCCUCGUACCAGGCUCCGGUCAUCCCGCUGCAGCCCCAGAACGAGGAGAAGACCCUGGUCUAUGUGCUGGUGAAGAAGCCCGAGGAUCAGCAGGACAUCGUCAUCCCCACGCCCGCACCCACGCAGCCCUCGAAGCCGGAGGUUUACUUCAUCAAGUACAAGACCCAGAAGGACUCCAGCGGCAUCUCGGGCGGCAUCUCCGGCUCCGCCGGUGGCGGCAGCUUCACCCAGACCAACAACGGCGGUGGCUACACCACUGGUGGUGGCGAUGCUGGCUUCGGUGGCGGCGACAGCGGCUCCAUCUCGGCCCCGUCCAGCAACUACGGACCGCCCGGCAAGUCCGGCCCCUACUAAGGAGCAGGAGAGAUCCUCAACACCCAUCGAGAACUCAAAAUUGCGAACUUCGAACUCGGCUCAAGCUGCUGACUAGUCCUGUCGUUGACACACGCCCCCAAAAAAAACAUAACUCUCACUCGAGAAUCAUUCACAUUAACCACAUCAAAAAACAACACUCACGAUCU